UAUACUAUUUUAAAAAAGUAAUUUAUUUUAUCUUAUACGUGUGGUGAAUAUUAUCCGUGUGACAUAUCGUAGCUUCAUAAACGGCUGAUGCUUUAUCAAAUACUUUUGGUCAAGAUUUUUUUUAACGCAGCUCAUCAGUGUCCAAUUGCAAAUUUUUGGAGAUUUUUCUGCAUGUUCCACUUCAUUAUAUCUACUACCAAAAUUGAUAAAAUAAAUUUUGUCGAAGAAAUGAAGGAAAAAACAUUGAUGUGUAGCUAAUAAAACUACAAAUCACAUUAGCUAUCAAGGAAUUAAUCCUGACGAUUUGAUGAAAACAGAACGCAUUAGUUAUGUUUCUAUACAUAAAAACUUACCGAAAUGAUGCAUCCAAAGACUUUUAUUUUAUCACCACGGGCACCAGUAAGCAUCCCUCAUAACUUUUAAUUUCAAAUCAUUUGUAUUUGUUUUAUAAAACAUUAACAACUAUUCCUCGUUCACAUCGAUUCAAACUAUCGAGAAUUUGCAACUUUGUGCAUGUCAACAAACUUGACCAUUCAAGUUGUCAGUAUUUCCAUUUAAGAGAUCAAGGUCUAAGAAAAAAUAUUUUGAGAUAUAUAACAACAUUUCAAGGUGUAUUUCAAUAAAGCUUUAAAUUAAAAACAUCUAUGAAUAGAGAUUAAUACAUGGCGAACUCUUUAUCUCAUCCCAUCUCAACCCGAGACUCCAAUAUUAGUCCGAGUGCCGACGGUUUAUUUAAACAAUAGCACGCUUUAUUUACUAUCAAUCAACGUUUAAGGAAAAUCAGGGUAUAGAGAAGGAUGGAACCCGAAACUAUAUCUUAGAUAGUACAAGUGAAGCUGUUAAAGAAAUGGACGCGCUUAUAAACGUUCUCAAACAACUUGCUUUAACAGUAUGGAUAUAAAUUUAUGAAUUGAAUCUGACAGGAAACUUACGAAAUUACAAUGGAAGAACUUGACUCAUUACCAAGUUGCUCAGAAUGUAAGUUUCUAUGAAGUAAAGAAGAUAGUGUUUCAUCUCAGAUGACGGACCCCUUCUAUUGAACAACAUAGACAACUUUUCUAGUGCCUAAUGAGCUAAUGAGUUUUGUAAUCCGAAAAAUUCAUCGCUUUUUAUAAUUAAUUAUCAUCCUUAUAUGGAAUUUGAUUUUAUUAAAAAUCUUUGGAUUUAGAUAUAUGAUAUAAACAAUAAUCACAUUGUUGUUUUGAUUUUGUCCCUCGGUGGUACGGGCAUGGGCCGAUAUUAACCGUUCGUGCUAAUACCAGGACCGAGAUCAAAGCAACACUGAAAACUGCGUAUUUUCGACGUUCAAAUGUAUUUACCAAUAUCAGCCCGUGGGCCUUCGGCCCUUAGGUGGAUAUUGGAGUCUCUGGUUGAUAUGGGGUGUGAUACAGAUUUUGCCAUAUAUUACUUAUUGUUUUGCCUCGGACAAGAAUGUCUCGACGUCAUUGAAUGAAUCGCGUCACGUGGUUGCCUUAUAAAGUUCUUUACACGGCAAGCGUCAAAAUUUAUACGGCAACAUGGCGGACGUAACGUUAUUUUAGCUGAAUUUUUUACACAAGCGUUCGACCAUACCUUUAAAUUUAAAGCCCCAAAAUAUUUAGAGUGACCCCUCCCCUUUGCUCGUGACAUAAUAUUACGAAUUUACAAUAGCAUCCAUGUUUGCACAAACGACUGACGAGGAAGAUACACCCAAUGCACAUCAACUAACAACAGAUUGUCCUCUGCUCGAAGUUGCCCCUAAUGAGAACUUAUCACCUAGAAGACAUUAUACAGUGGCUAGAAACGAUGCAACUACAAGUGUGGAUCCGAGUUUUUCUGACAUCGAGGAUCUGGAAAUGUAUGGUGUGUUGAUAUUUAUCUAUGAUGACAGUAUUGGAAUUGGACCGAGAAUAAAGAUUAUCGAAGAAUGUGGAAAAUUUGGUAAAUCCAAAUAUGUGUCUCCUCUUGAUCAAUGGGAACCAGAGGAAGAUGUAUCGUUGUAUUUAAUUCGCCAACCUAUCGGUGAUUUAUCAUCUCUUAUGGAAUUUUUGUGUGAUAAUGGGGACAAUCUAUACCAGAGAGUGAAGUCAAAAGAAAUGUAUUUUGUUCUGACCUUUGAAAGAAUUGUAUGGCAAAGAAACCAAAUUCGAUUUCUUAAAUACGAUUUUUUCUAUAAUGCAAAAACACGGACGAUUUAACCUUACUUCUCGGGUGAACUAUCUUUAGUUUACAUUUUGCCUGUGAUGCGAAUACAAUGACAAAAAACUAUGGCGCGGUCUUCUCGCAAUGGCAGAUGAUUGCUAGUACUUUCAGUUUUUAAAAUGUAAUCACGGACUUCAAUGCAAGCCCUUUUGAUUUUGCUGUGUAGAAAGUUAUAAAAUUUAAGCUGCUUGGUCCGAUUUUUUUGUUAUUACAGUAUUAAAUUUUUUCCAUACAAACCAAUUAUCUUAGAAAGUUUGGACUUUCUCCUAUUUACACGAGCAGAAUCAGUCUCCUUUCAAAGUUAGAAAUAUUCAAAGUAAAUAAAAAAAAUCUUUUUGGGCAAAAAAAAUAAAUAAAACAAACCAAAGUGCAUCACGGGAAUUUUUAGAAAAGGAAACCGUUUGGUUUUCGUCCCCCGAAUGAUUGGGGUUAUUCAACCUGCAUGCUAUGCAUCGAUUGUAAAUAAACCAAACUUCAGAAAUAUUAGCAAACAAAACGUAUAUAUGUUUUUUUGUAACUUGUCUGAUUAUUUCGACCUUAAUUUAAUGCGAUGUCAAGUCGUUAUACAACCAUACCGGUCUCGUCGUCAGGGGUAAAAUUUAACAUAAAGCGAAAUAACGCGGUACCCUUUUAUGUCGUUUGUUUGUUAGCAAAUUUUGUACGCAUUUUUCAUUGAAAUUUGGCUUAAUUGACUAGAAAAAAAAUACUGCAAUGUCUAUCAUUACACAUAUACUAAGCAUAACCAUCGUUUAAAAAGCGUGCAUAAAAUUUGAUAUAAAAUCGGACCAAGCAGCUUUAAAAAAAGUUAUUAGUCAAUAGGCUCUGACGUGACAACAAACGUGCAAAACAUCAACUGUAAAGAGACUGUAGGUUUACAUGACUGGUUAUUGCAAAUUUUUGUAUACGUACUGAAGUCGUAUUAUGAUAGGAUUGUCAAGAUCACAACUAAAGCAUUGUAUUAUCAAUAUUGCAUGACAUCUAUGUACCAAAGGGAAUAUUUUUUGUUACGCUUGUAAAGAUCACACGGAGAUAAUGUAUGCGAUUUGUCUUAAGUCUCUUCUGAUACCUAAAACGUUGCAUUAAUAAUCGUCACAAAUCAAUGCAAAACUCUUUGGCAAGUGUAAGUCAGGAAUAAAAAAUAUCAAUAAUGUCAAAGGGAAAUAAAUGAACAUCUGAUAUAUAUAUAUAUAUAUAUAUAUAUAUAUAUAUAUAUAUAUA